GGGGCACUCGCCGGCGGCGUUGAAGGCGGUGGUGGCGGGCAUACAGGCGACCAUCACCAAUGCACAGAUCAGCGCCGCCUGGCGUGCUGCCAGCGAGGGCACGCGGGAGGCGCUGGACGACCUCUACUCCAUCCGGCUGCGGGAGACUGUGGGGCAGGGCGGGCAGGGGGUGGUGUUUCGGGGGCACUUGCAUGGAUUGGAGGUGGCGGUGAAGGUAAUCGCCAAGGACCUACCCGGCGCCCUCAUUGCAAAGGUCCAACAGCAGCAGCAAGCCGCCGCAGCAGCCAACCGCAAGAAAGGCGGCGGCGGCGGCGCUGCCGACCCACGGGUCGCUGCUGCACCCGCCAAAGCGACGACGAUUGACCGGGAGCAGCUGCUGCGUGCCGCCAAGCGGGAGCUCAUUCGGGACGCGCUGGAGUUGGCGGUGACGUCAAUCGUGAGCCACCCGCAGAUUGUUCAGGUGUACAACUACUUUUUCGAUGUGCUUGUUGUCGGGUAUGCGAACGAGGAGAGCAGCGAGGGCUCCUCCUUUGCACGAACCCAUCCACAACAGCAGCCACCACAUCCACCACAACAGCACCAACAACAUGCCGGACAGCAACCCGCGUUGGAGGGCCAGCUGCCCGCCUCCACACCCGGAGGCGGAACCGCAGCACCCUCAGCAUCAGCACCCUCUGCAGCAGCCGGAGCAACAGCAGUACCAGCAGCAGCUGAUGGCCGCAGCUCGGCUCACAACUCGGGCGCCAACAGCCACACCAACUACCUGCGGCUGGUGCGGCGAGUGGAUGCAUCGGAGGACAUGGCAGCGGAAGGCCCCACCAACCUGGUUAUCGUGAUGGAGUACUGCGACGCGGGCACCCUGAAGGACGUGAUGCGGCGGGGCUGCUUCAGGAGGGGGGUGGAGACCAACGGCUGGCCCAAACUGGACCUGCAGUCCCUGUACACCUGCCUGCUGGAGGUGGCUCUGGCGCUGCGGCACCUGCACUCGCUGCAGCUGGUGCACUGCGACCUGAAGCCGUCAAACGUGCUGCUCAAGAGCCACCCGCGGGACCCGCGGGGCUGGACGUGCAAGCUCUCCGACUUUGGUUGUGUUCGCAUGCUGAAGCAGCCGGGGGCCUCUGCCGAGGACGGCACCACCUCCACCACCACCUCCACCACCACCACCACCACCACCACCACCACCACCUUCCCGCACUUCACCGUCACUCGGGCGCUGGGAACCCUCACGCACAUGGCGCCCGAGGUCAUCUCCAAGGGCGCGCUGCUGACCGCCUCCGUGGACGUCUACUCCUUCGGCGUGCUCAUGGCGGAGCUGCUGAGCGGCACCCCGCAGGACGCCUGCAUGCCGGGCAAGGAGGCCAUUCAGGCGGCGCGCAGGGGCGUGCGGCCCAGCCUGCCGCCCUACUGCCCGCGGGAGUACAGGGACAUUGCCGCUGCCUGCUGGGCGCACGACCCGCAUGCGCGCCCCUCCGCGGCCGAGCUGGUGAACCUGGUGCACAGCCUGCUGGGACAGCUGCAAGGGGCCACACCGGGACCGCUGUCGCCUCUCAAGCCGCCGCCAUUCCCACAGCAGCAGGCGCAGCAACAGGCGCAGCAGCAGCAACCGCCAUCUUCAACACCUUCGCAGCACCGCCAUCAGCAGCAGCACCAGCAGCACCUGCGCCAACAGCCCUCCACCGCGUCAUCCAAACAGCCGACCCAGCACAGCGCCCGACAGCAGCAGCAACAACAGCAGCCUCAGCCCACCGCCUCACCGUCACCUGCCCCUCCUCCUCCUCCCCCCGCCUCUCUCCCACUGCUGUCUCCGCUCCCACCAGCCUUCCCCGCACCCGAUUCACCCACUCCGGACGCCGUCGCCGUCGCCGCUGCGGAGGCCGCUAGCCGGCUGCUAACGACGCCGCCACUCCCGCCACCAACCGCUUCCAUCCAAGCCACAAGUCGCGGCUGCCUCACCCGAUCGCCGCUUGCCGCUGCUGUUCCAGCUGCUGCUGCCGCCGCCCCUCCUGCCGCCGCCACUGCCGCCGCCGCCGCGGCGCCCAGGUCACGCCUGCCUCUCCACGUCGUACUAGCUGAGCGCAUCCUAGCUAUCAACGGCGUGGCACCUCUCAGCGCCGGCGGCGGCGGUGGUGACGUCAACGCAGCGCAGCCAGACGCACAGCUGGCAGCUUGUCGUGCACUCCUUCCCCAGCUGGAUAUACCGCCGCCGUCGCCGUCACCCCUCCUCGAGCUGCUUGACGAAGUGGAGGCAGCAGCAGCGGCGGCGGCGGAGGCGCCGACAGGUACAGUGCAGGGCGGGGCGGUCGCCGCUAGCCCAUCAUCCAUGGCUGCAUUGGUGGCGGCGGCGGCGCCGGCAUCGCAGCACGCCUCCGUCACCUCCGCCGCGAGCUGUGCCUUCACAGCCGUUUCCUCGGACCCCUCACCGCCGGGGUCAAGUAACGGGGCGAACACGCAGCGGGGCCAAGCCGCGGCGGGCGCGGAAGCCGGGGCGACUGCAGGACCGCUUGUGGCGGGGGGAGCAACGGCGGGGGAUGCUGCCGCCACCAUUGGCGGCGCCGUGGGGGUAGUGGCUGACCUCGCCGGAGUUCACGUGGAUCUGGAGGAGGGUGAUGGGGAC